AUGUCGGUUGUGGCAGACCAGGUACGGCGCCUGGAUGCGCAACUGGAUCGCAUCCCCUUCACCCACCUGGAGCCUCACGACGACGACUUCACGUCGCAGGCCUCUACCCGCCUAGACUCGCCACGCGUCAAGGACCUGUUGCGUGUCAUCAAAACCCUGUCGACGACUAGCGCAGCCCAGCCCGUUCUGCCAGCAUGGCGGCUGCAGGAGCUCCUGGCCCAGGUCAACCUGGGCGUUACUAUCAGCCAGGACUUUGGGCCAAAUCAGUAUGAGGCUGACCUUGAGUGGCUCCUGGUCAGCAAGGCUACCGUACAUACGUACGGCAUCAUCAUGGACACACUGCUCGACCAGAUAAUUCCCCUGAGCGACCACAUCUGGUAUUGGGAUGACGUCCUGUCCUCCCGGUCCUAUAGCACCCUCUACAUGGUGCAGACAUCGCCUUGGCGAUUCUGGGCCUGGUCACUGGACAUCUACACGGACAGCAAGGAUCGCUUCCGCCGCCGUUCGUCGGGUGCGGGGGGGAUUACUCAGCAAGGCAUCAAAGAGCAGGUCACCACCAGCAUCUCGGAGAGGUGGCGGCAGUUCUACGGCAUUGUUCGUGAGAGCAUCAGAGAGAAAUCGCUUACCAAUGUUCAGCGGAGAAUCAUGUCCCCAGCUGCCAUUGCCCGAUCGGAAGCACGGAAGAAACAGGCCAAGCUAAAGAAGUUCCGAGACAUCAUGUCAAGCGGAUUAGGCGUGCUCAUCGACGAAGGACUAGCAUUUGGGGGUAACGGCAGCGACGAUGGCAAGAGUGACAUCAUCAUGUCGAAUAAUCAGGAAUGGAAAGGCGUGGUCGAGCGGAGUGUCGCCCUGAUGGACAUGGUCUUAAAGGACGUCCUGGCUCUGGAGUCGGGUGUCGCCGAGUUCGAAGAUAAAGUCUUCGCCGGCGUCGAAGAAGACCCCGAGCUGUCGAUCCAGGUCGAAGAAGACGAGAGCAAUCGGCCGGCCGUCGUCGCCAGGCGGCUGCACGCCCUUCUCGCGACACAUCUCCCAGGGCACCUAGAGGCAACCGAGCUGCUCGUAGCUGAACAUGGCCGACCUUCCAGACUUGUUCGCUACUGGCUCCCGGCAACUGCGCUUCUUCUCUCCUCGACAACAAUCCUCCGCAUAGUUGUGAACCGGCAGCAGGAGAUCAUCGAAUGGAUCAGAGAUUUUGGGACCACCGUCAGAGACUUCUGGUUCAACUGGAUAGUCGAGCCCAGUCGCAAGGUGGUUGCCACUAUACGCCACGACUCGAACAGCGAGAUUGCCAUCAUGAGCCGAGACAGCCUGCAGGCGGACCGGGACAGCCUUGAAAGGAUGGUUGUUGACUUUGCCGUGGACAAGCCGAUGGCAGCCACAGGGGCCUCGUCAGUGUCUGAGUCUCAGAUCGCAGAGAUCCGGGCCAAAGUGAGAGAAGGAGACGUCACGCCAAUCUUACGUGCCUACGAGAAGGACCUCCGAAACCCCCUGACCGGGGCGGUCCGUGGGGACCUCGUCCGGACGCUGCUCAUCCAGGUCCAGAAAACCAAGGUCGACGUCGAGGUGGCCAUGGCGGGGAUCGAUGCACUACUGAAGAGCCAGGAGUUGGUAUUCGGGUUUGUAGGACUGACGCCUGGCAUCAUCGUCUCGAUCGGCAUGAUGCAGUACCUCCGGAGGCAGUUUGGAGGGCGAAAGGGUUUCCGCGACGAGCGGAGUGCCGGCAAAUGUGUGCGUGUGCUCCGAAACAUCGACCGCAUUCUGUCGGAAGCUACGCCGUCUCCCAACAACCUUCUGUCGUACAAAGACCACGGCCUGCUGGUGUGCGAGGUUCAUGUCCUGCGACGGCUGGUGCACCCGCUCGUCCCGGCCGAGAUCGAGAAGGAGUUCUUGGAGGAUCUCGACGACCUGGCAAACCUCAAGGGCAUACAGUCGCAGAUGCGAGCUCUGGACCGUAUCCGAUGGGCGUAUGCAAAAUGGUUGAAGUAG